UGUAGUUCAACCUCAACCGGAUGUAUUAUAACGUCACAUCCUCAGCAACCGUUUGCAUUUCGCGCAACUGAAGCGUCAACCCUGAUCAGAGAGAGAUUCACACAGAGCGACCAUGGCCCACCAAUCAAUGGACAUCCUGUCCAAGGUUUUGGAGCAGACCACCAAGGUGGUGGAGGAGAAGUUGGAUGCACAGAUGAGCAAACUGAAUGACAUUGAUGAAGAUGAUUUGGAGAGACUGAAGGAGAGGCGAUUAGAGGCGCUUAAAAAAGCCCAGAAACAGAAGCAGGAGUGGUUGUCUAAAGGCCAUGGAGAGUACCGAGAAAUCUCCAGUGAGAAAGACUUUUUCGGCGAGGUCAAAGACAGCAAGAAAGUUGUCUGCCACUUCUACAAAAGCUCCACCUUCAGGUGUAAGAUCGUCGACAAACACUUGACCAUCUUGGCCAAGAAGCACGUUGAGACCAAAUUCAUCAAACUGAACGUGGACAAGGCCCCGUUUCUGACAGAAAGGCUGCGGAUCAAAAUUAUUCCCACACUGGCCCUGCUAAUUGACGGAAUAACAAAGGACUAUGUGGUGGGAUUCAGCGACAUUGGAAACACUGACGACUUUCCCACAGAGAUGCUGGAAUGGAGACUCGGCUGUGCGGAUGUCAUCAACUACAGUGGUAACCUGAUGGAGCCUCCUACAGGACCACAGAAGUCGGGCACAAAGUUCACAAAGGUGGAGAAGAAAACCAUCCGAGGACGAGCUUACGACUCAGGCUCUGAUUCUGAUGACUGAAAAGCUCUGACGCUAAUCCUGUUUCCCUCUUAAACAUUCUGCUUUCACUUUUCUUCUCAUCACUGUGACUUACUCUUUUAUUCAGGUUUUACAUAUUUUUACUUCUAUCCUGUCUCUUUAUUUUCCCAUCAAAUCUUUUUGAUUCAGCCUUUUUUAAUGACUUGCCUGCCUUGUUUGACAACAAAAUUACAAACAUGCCUUUCAACAACAGAAAGCUUCACUGAGCCACCGAACCAACCUUUUAUCCGAUAUCUCUAAUGUGUUGGUGUUUGAAAUUUCCCCUCUGUGGGACGGACAAAGGGAUUCGGAUUCCGAUUGAUUUUCUCUGUGACUGAAACCUUGAAGCUUCCUCGUGAAUUGCAGGCGUUCUCAGUCUUCACAUUGUUCUGUUUCUCUCCCACGUUUGCCUGUAACUCUGUGAGUCUGACGUUAGAACAGAAAACAUGAUGCAUGAUUACCUAGAUAAUCAAAAGCAUCAGAAAGCAUUUUUACACAACAUUUCCCUGUAGCAGCAGUUCGCCUUGACUAAUGCGGACUCAAUAAAAAUGUGUGAUUUUAAAAGA